AUUCAUCAGUGUCCGAAAACAGCACUGGCUGACAAGAAACAAAAUCGUAUACGUCGUAUGGAACUUUGAGUAAGGUCCGUUACUCCAGUACCACCAAAGUAUAUAAUUUGGUGGUACUGGGGUGACGGACCUCUUUGAGUACUGAUGGUGAUCAAAAUGUUUCAAUCUCAUCUCCACCUAGUAUUACAGGAAACAUCACAAACGUAAAAACGAGGUCAGAAUACCGGUGGAUCUCAACGCUUUGAUGAAUUGGGGAAGCAAAGAUGCUGAGUGGUUUCUACCAAGACAUGAAUGACUCUGUAAAGGCGUACAAGUGUGAAAAUAUUUUAAACCAGUGGAGAGACGCAAGAACGGCAGUGAUGUGGCACGAUGAGGUCGGCUCGUGGCUAGACUUUUAUGUGAUAAACAACAUAAAUAAGGAUUAAUUUUACCCAACUAAUAUAUCACCACUCUGGACCGGAUGUUUCGACCAAAACAAUACAAAUUACUUUGUGUCCAGGGUACUCAAGUUUUUGAAUAAAACAUAAAUAAUGGACAAUGAGGCUGGAGUACCAACAACCCUGAUGGAAUCUGAGGAACAGUGGAAUCAACCCAACGCGUGGCCGCCGCUUCAAUAUAUAUAACGGUCAUGGCAUUGGAGAGCACGGGCAAUAAGGACGCCAAUAUUUUCGCUUCCAAAAUUGCUGAUAAAUGGAUAUGUACCAACUACUUGGCGUUUAAAGAACACGGCAUCAUGUAUGAAAAAUUCCAUGGGAAAACAACUGGAUCGAUGGGCAGAAGUAUUGGCGAGUACGUCAUGCAGGAAGGCUUUGUAUAGACUAAUGAAAUAAUCCUGGAAUUUUUGCAGAAGUACGAUUCCGCCACCUCGAUUGAAAAUUGUAAAAAUAACAGCACCAAACUGCUCUGAAGUACUGACUAAUCUAACCGUUUGAAAUGUUAAUAAUAUAAAAUGAGUUCUUAAUUAAUGUAAAAACAAAUAACAUAAUGAUAAUCUAUUAUAAUAUAAAAAGUAGAAUGCAUUUGAUGACCACCUUGACACAAACUACAAUCGGAAAAAAAAACUCUAUAUUAGUAUUUUUAAUAGAAGAUGCAUAUCCAUAUUUUGUUGCAAUCUAAUUUAUAUUAUUAAUCUUUGUUAAAUCAGAUAUUGAUUCUUAGUUAAGUACUCUUGCUUACUCUUUAUCAUUAUGGUAAGAAUUCACAUUUUUGUUUUCUUAACAUUAAAUUAAAGCAAGUAUUGUAGUAUAUUGAUGGUAUUUUACUUUUUGUGUCGAAUGAUAGGUACUGUCUAAAUAUAGCCUGAUAGAAAAGUUGUUUCUUUUAAUUUAGGUUUAGAUUUUUUAGGCGAUACCGAAUGUGACUUUUGGAAUACUUCAGCUCUUUUUCUUAAGUGUAUCAUACAUGUUACUUUUUCAUACAUUUUGACAUCGUGUUUUUUGAACGCCGAGUAGUUGGUACACAUCCAUUUAUCAACAAUUUAGGAAGCCAAGAUCUUGGAGUCUUUAUUUCCGGUGUUUUGUAAUGCCAUCACUGUUAUAUGUACUGAAGUGGCGGCCAUGCGUUGGGUUGGUCCCAUUGUUCUUCGAAUUCCACCAGGGUUGUUGGUACACCAUCUUCAUUCUCCAUUAUUUCUGUCUUAUUCAAAUACUUUAGUACCCUGGACACAAAGUAAUUUGUAUUAUUUUGGUCAAAACAACCGGUCCAGAGUGGUGAUAUGUUAGUUGGGAUAAAUUAAUCCCUCAUUAUGUUGUUUAUCAAGUUAAAGUCCAGCCACGUUCCGACCUCAUCGUGCUACAGCACUACCGUAACUGCAUCUCUUCAUUGGUUUGAAAUAUUUUCAUAUUUGUGUGCCUUUAUGGAGUCAUUCAUGUCCUGGUAGAAAUGGCUUUAAAUUGUUGCUCCCCACUACAUCAAAGCAUUGAGAUCUAUCGGGAUUAUUUACCUCGUUUUUGCGUUUAUGUUUCCUGAAAUCAUUCACUGGCAUCAGUUAGAUAUUGUAUGCAACAUUUUACCAUCCCAUGACCUACGACAAUAUUAUCUGAUAUAGUGUUACUUUUGCUUACUCCCCUUACCCAUGUUAUUGUGAAUUGUGAUACAUACUUACGUCUGUUAUGUUUACAUAAAAAAAAUAAUAGGUAAAAAAAUU